AUGUCGUUAAUCUUGAGAAAGCACGUCUGCGAAUUUACCCAAGCCAUAAAAGUACUGACUGAGGAGUGGGGAGAGGAUUGGGCGACCCAAGAAUCUCCUCCAGCCAACCAGGUCAGUAACUCUGACAAUUUUGCCUCACUCAAGCUAACUCCCGCCAGAUAGGACGCGUUGAGGGUGUUGAACUUGUCCAGGAUGUUGAGCAUGUUGUCUUCGCAAACCGCGAUGAUCAUGGCGCGAACCGAAAGCGCUUCAUCAUCUUCGACCCUCUUGUUGUGCAAGAAUUGAGAGUCCAGAGUCUCAAGAGUGCCGUCAGACCUGAAGUCUUCAACUCUUAAAUCUUCGAAGCUACGAUUCCCGAUCGCCAUCACCCUCAAGAAGUCUUCGCCAAAUUCAAGGACUUUCCCAAUGAAAUACAGGCCAAGAUCUGGCGUUUCGCCAUUGCCAACCUCCCAACACAAGUUCUUCGAUGCUCCAUCUACCCUUCACUCGUCCCCUCGCUUCUUCAAGUUUGUCACUUAUCGCGGGUUGAAACUCUGAAAGUCUACCGCGAGUAUACUAUACCAUGGCGAAGAAUGGGCCUAGAACUUUUGCCUGUUUUCACCUUUCCAAACAUCUUCAUUCGCGGAGACAAGGACAUUUGCCUCGUCCAAUGGAACCAAAUAAAACUCAAUCGCAGCCUGGAUGUCGACAACGCCAACGUCAUCGGAUUUCGCUACGAAUACACCUCCGGCUCCCUCCUUUUCCCCCCGAUCCCAGCACAGUUCAACCUAUUUGCACAAUCAUGCACACGGCUCGCUCUGGAUAUUGUACAAGUCUUCUGGAGUUACUUGGUCAAUUUCGAGAUGAACUUCUUUGAGCUCUUGAUUGUCUUGAGAUACCGCUGCCCACACAUCCGAGAGUUCAUUCUGGUUUGCGAAGGCGUGGGACUCCGUAUGAUGCCGUCCGAGUUCCAGAGUUGGCCAAAGGAUCACCCUGUCUUCAGUCCAAUUGGCUAG